CGUCGAACUCACCAGCAAAGGAAGGUGUUCGCACUUCUCCAAGUCGCCGAUGCCACCACAGCCAACGACAUCUUACGUGACGGCCUAUGUAUCGACAAUGAACGCAUUACUGUCCGCAAGGACAAGAAAGAGCCGAUCUGUUGUGCGAAAUGCCAAUGUUUUGGCCAUAUCGCUCGCAGUUGCAUGGCGACGUUUGACACAUGCGGCACAUGCGGAGACCAGCACUGUACCACCCAAUGCAACACAUUCAGGACAACUCGCUGCAUCAACUGCAGAAGCAGUGAACACACCAGUUGGAGCAGAAAAUGCCCAGAAUGUGAAAUACUCGACGACAAAUUCCCGGAAAACAAGAUGCCCUACUUCCCUACUGAUGCAGCCUGG